AUGAUUGUUACGAGAAAAAGACUGAGAGAUAGAUUAUAUAAGUUAAGUUCAAAAUCAAAAUAAACUAUCACACCUUAUGAAUUAAAUGAACAAAAUGUCAAAAUUUUCCAAAUGACUUUGAAAAAUAGAAAUAUGACACCUGAAGAGUUCUUUAGAAGUCUAGAUACAAAAUAAAAUAAGAAAAUUGCAACUGAAGAUUUCAAAUCGGCCCUCGUUGAUAAAAAGAUCUAUUUAAAUUAUACUCAUGCCUCUAGAUUUGCUGCUCUUGUUGAUGAAGAUUUUUCAGGAGAUAUAACCUUGCAAGAGCUAUAAAAAACAAUGAAGGCAUUUGGUUAUGAUUGUGAACUCCAAGAUGGAUAGGAGAUUACAGUUGAGUAGUAUGCUUUGAUUAAAGUGAUCGAAAGUCUGCUCGACAGGAAUAUAACAGCUAUAGAAAUUUUUAAUGCUAUUGAUGUUGAUGCUAAUGAAUAAAUUUCCAUCAUUGAAAUUUCUAAGUUUUUAAAGAAAGUCAUUAAUCUUGAGACUGAUAUUGAUGAUGGAAAUUAUUACGAAAAUCCAAAUAAAAAGGUAUAAGACAAAGAGAUAAUGAUUUUUAUGAAUUAUAUGGAUUUGGAUCAUAAUAAUACUAUAAGUAAAGCUGAGUUUCUAUUUUAAUUUAGUAAAUUAGAAAAAUUGGCUUUAAGAUAUUAGGCAGCUUAUUAGCGCUUUAAAACUCAGUUAAACUCCAUUGAUAGAAAAUAUACUUAAAAUAGUACUAUUAAUGCUAAGAGAUUAAAUGAUUUGAAAAUUACAAUUAUCAAAAUGUAACGAGAAGGAAUUAUAUUUGAAUAGUUUAUUGGACAUUUGAAAACUCUCUCUGAGGAUAAUUAUCAGAAUGUUAGAUUAGGUAUUCUAUUGAAGCAAUUUCAAAUUUGUUACCCUUCUAUAUCUGUUGAUAAAAUCAGAUAGCUUUUGUAAUGGCUGUAGAUUACUUAGGGAAAAUAUAAUAUUCUAGAGCUAUAGAUAUUCUUAAAUAGACAUAUGGAUGAAAGUAUUAAAUCUAAUUCUACCUAUUAGUGCUAUGAUGUUUUAAACUAGCUUUUAUAAACUAACUAGAUAACACCAGAGGCUUUUGUAAAAUCUAGCUUUAGCUUAUAAGGAUCAGAGAGAAUCGGCUACGAAACUUUUAAUUUUACAAUGCAAAAAACAUUGUAGAUACCCUAGGAAUGUAUAAUCGAUAUUUUUAAUAGCCUUAUCAUUGAUGCAAAUCAAGUCGAAGUAAGAAGGUCUGAUUUGCUAAUGGUUUUAAAUUCAUAUUACUAUGAUUCUGAUAAAAUAUCAAUGAUGAACAUACAAAUGUUUAUUCCUAACUUCGAAGGUCUAAAUAGUUCAAGAAGGAAGGCAAAGAUCAUUUAGAUUAUAAUUAAAAAAAUGCUAGAUAGUAAGUUAUUGCCAAUUACUAUCUUUAAGAUUGGUACCAGCCCAGCAUCUACAGCAAAUACUAUAACAAAUACUUAAAUCUAGCAAGCUUUUGAAAAGCUUUAGCCUAUUUAUUCAAAAGAAUUAAUUGAGUAUGCUUUUCUAACUGAAUAUUCUAAAGAUUAAUUUUUGGAAUUAUUAAAGCCAGAUUAAGUCAUAGUUAAAGAAGCAAGGAAGGUUGGGGUUAACUAGACUAGAUAAAAUUAUUUAAAAAUUUUAGAUGAUUUUUUGCUAUAAGCUAGAAUAAGUCCUGCUUUGUUCUACAGAUAACUUGAUCCCUCCAAUAGCAAAAGAAUAUAGUUAACUGUUGUGUAAUAAGAGUUAAAUAAGCUCAAGAACUAAAUAAAAUAAAGCUAAGUAGUAAUUGAUGAGCAAGUUAUUCAAUAAAUACUUUAUGAUCUUGAUAUGAAUGGCGAUAGUUUACUUGAAGAGUCAGAGUUUUUUGAAGCAAUAAGAUAAUCUAGAUAACAAUAAUCUAAUAGCCUUUUUUAAGAUGAAAAUUCUAUGUAAUCUUAGCAACUUAUUGCAAUAGAGCAUAUUGAAAGACUUGAAUUGCUACCAACUAAGCAAAAUUUGCUAAAGAUUCUAAAUUUGGCAUAAGAAAAAAAAGAUGAGGAAGAUACUUCUAGAUCUGAAUAGUUCUAAAGUGUAAUAUUAACCUAGGACAUCAUAAAAAUUUUUAAUGAGAUAGAGCUAUUAACUAGCAUAAAGAGUUGCCUAAGCCAAAUCUAAAUUAAUUCCAAGAUGAAUAUCAAAUUGAGGGAUCUUUCAUAAAAAUUAAAGGAUAAUCAAGUUACCAUAAGACAGCUGGUUGAGCUUUACAAAGUGAUUGAUACUUAAUACUUAGGGCAGAUGAAUGUAAUUAGUUUGGUUUAAUUGCUAAAUGAUUACUCAUUUACAAUAAAGAAACCACUUUAAUGUAAUGUGGAAUUCAGAAUAAUAUGUAAAUUGAUAAAUAUAUUUCCUCAUUCACUUGGUGAUGUUUAAGAGUAUUUUUCAAGAAAUUCAACAGAAGAAAAAAUUGGUUCUGGUGAUACACCUUUAGUCAAAGAUAUCUUGGACAAAGAAUUCUAAAGAUUAUUUAGAUUUUAAACAUAAGUUAAUGACUAUAUUUAUGAGAUAAUUAAUAACAAGUUCAAAUUUGGUCUAGAUAUGCUUUUGGUAAAACACAUGUAUAUCUACAUUUAAUAAAUUUAUAAUGACCUCUAUCCAAAUGAAAAAAACUAUCAAACUACUAUGAAGGAUAAAUAGGCUUUGGUACUUUAGGACCAAAAUAGAGAUUCUGCAGUGAUCAGCAGCUCCAAUAAACUCUUAUCAAGCAUCUAAGUGGCCAAACUUGAAGAUUAAAAGUAGUUACUUCUUAGAAAACUGAUAAUUAAGAGUCUUGGACAGGAAUCUGGACCAUAAUAUAUAAGAAUUCUAAUGGCUAAAUAUGGGUUCCCUGUUGAUAAAGCUGAAUUAACAGAGACUCAGUUUGAUAAGAUAUUUUCAUACGAUACAAAACUUCUAACUUUGGAAGAAUCAUAGCUGCUUUUUCAAUCCCUUCAUUAAAUGUUCGGAGUGUAAUUAUUCGAUCUCUCUAAGAACAAAAAACUGGCAAAGAAAAUAAAGUCCUUCGAUUUCUGUGAUUUCAUUAACAAAUUAGAGGCAUAGCUGACAUAGCGAGAAAUGAAAAUUAUAACAUAUGCAAUGGAAUAAACCAAGGAUACUAUUCUAUUUGUCAUUUACAAUAACAUAUAAUUUAUUAAAGAAGGUUUGAUAAGUAAGUAAUAGUUGGCAAGACUAUUGAUUGAUAAGUACUGUGAAAAUGAAGAGACUGCAAUUCAGGACUUUGAAAUUAGAUUCAUUUUGAAUAUGAUUGACUAAAAUAAUAAUAACUUUCUAGAAAUUGAUGAAGUUUAACACUACCUAAAGCUAUAUACAACUGAAAAAAGGACCCCUGAUGUCUAAUAGCAAUUCGUCUUAUUCAUUAAGAAGUACUUUGAAAAUACUCAGAAGGCUGAAUUGCUAGUUGAUUUAUAUGAAUAUUGUGCCUAAGUUACUAUAACUCAAGCCCAGAAAUACACAAUUAGAUAAAAUGUCCAAAUAAGAAAUGAAAUUAUCAAAGACCUUUUGAGGCAAAGAAAAAAUUUCCCACUCUAUAAGAUAAUGGAUGAUCUUUAAUUUACACCUGAAAAUGGGGGUAUUAUACCUUUUCUGACAGUUUUUAAUCAUCUUAAGAAGCUAUAUCCCUAUGCAGAUGAGAGCAAACUUUAAAUUUUCGUCAAAUUUAUCGACAUAAAUAAUGAUUAGAAGAUUGAAAUCUCAGAGAUAUUUAAAUUCAUGAACGAGAUAUACGGAGAUGAAAUCACUUACGAGAUUUUAAUCUAACGAAUAGCUUUGAUCAUUUACUCAACUAAGGAGACUGUAGAGAACUUCUUCUUUUUGCAUUAGAUAAAUCUUCAAAAAAUAUAGUACAUCAUGGAUUUUAGUCAGUUUGUUCAGGCAAUUUCCUAGCUAUUUAAGAUUAGCAAAGCAUUUAUUGAUAGUGUAAAAGGCUAAAUUAGAAUUCUAGAGGCUAAAGAAUAAGAUACAGAUGAAGUAGCUUAGAAAUUAGAGGACAGAAUAAAAACAAGUAAGGACAAAAUUUCAGAAGCAUUAAAAACUAAAUUUAAACUUAUGCAAAAGAAAGAGUUAGAGGCAUCAGGUUAGAAAGAUGAAAAGGAUAAGGACGAAUAGGACCCUGAAAAUAAAUUUAAGAGAUCAACUAAAUUAACGAAUGUUGAGAUUCUAAAGCUUUUCAUAGAUAAUUAUAAAGAUCUAAAUAAUCUCAGUUUGAUUUAGAAAGCUUGUCUAAACUUGCAAGCACUUUUCAAAUAAUCUUCUGUAAUUCGAGCUUCACUUCUGACUAAGAGAGUCUGCCAAAUUUAGGUGUUAUUUUAUGAGAUGGGAAGAUAAGAUCUCUGGACUGACAUAAUGGCAAUGGAAAAUGUAACUCGAGCAUAUGAAUGCAAUAUAUAUACCUUCUAAAACAUGAUCAAAAGAAUUAAUGAAAGAAGUGUAGUAAACUUCGAAAUGCUACGCAAGAUACUCGAGUAGAGAUAUAAACAAAUCAGUGAUAUGAUAUAUGAAGAUUUUCUGUCAAUAUAAACUAUUGUGGAGAGAAUUAGAGCUUAAGUUAGCUAGUAUGAAGUACAACCAGAGCUAUAAUUCGGUGAAAGAGUUUCAAUUUUUGAACUGAUGAAUGUCCUUUAGCAAGUCUAUAAUAUAGUCAUAAGAUCCAAAGAGGAACAAUUGAUAAGAAUAGAACUUCAACUGUAAAAGGAUAAAAACUUUGUUUAAUUUUCAAUACUGAAGUUAUUCUUAGUGUAGUGCGGCAUAUAAGUCAAACUCAAGGAUCAGAUAUAUUUCAUAUUUGAUACUCUGGAAUAAGCAAUUAUUGGUAUCAAGACAAUUAGAGAAUAUCUUAGAAAGCACCCUUAUAUAGAUAUUAACCAAAUGAUGAUAAGAACCAUAGAUUUUCACCCAGUAAAUUGGCUUGAUAUUUAAAAACUAAGUAGUAAGAGUCCUCCAUCAGGUCUUUGUCCUGUACAUUCAAAUAUAAUAAUAAAAGAUUGCAUCUUACAAAUGAAGGCUGAUUAAAUAGACAAGAGGGAUCACAUCACUGAGUUAUUAGUACAUGAUGAAAAUAAUUUACCACCAAAUGAAGUUCCUUUUGUUGUAGUUAAACUUUUUAACUAGUAUGUGAUCUGUGAUAGACUUUUGCCUUUUUAAAGUAAAGAGAACAAUCUCAUACCUCUGUUUACUUAUGAUGCUAAGGAAUUUGCAAUGUCCUUUAUAGAAAAGGCUUUAGCUGUAAUGGUCAAUGGUUAUGAAUAACUGAAGAUUUUACCAAAUAUUUAAAGAAUGUUACUACACCUAAACUAUAUGUAUCUAGAUACCUAUACAAUUACUGAUAAAGUAUAGUCUUUUAAGGAAAGUUAUUAGGAUCUUUAUGAUAAUUAUUUCUUGAAAAAUGUGAUGAGACAUAUUUACUUCAAGUUUCCGAUUUCAAAGAAGAAGUAGCAUGUAAAUCCAUUAACUCUAGGAUUGGAGCCGGGUAGAGUAUAUUCUAUAAUAGCCUUUAUUUGUUUGAAAGUUGAUGAAAAGAUCUAGCAUAACCUAAUUGUAAUCUAUAAUCCUUACAUAAGUGAAGACCUAAGGAAAAAUGGGGAAAUAUGGAGCAAGGCAUAUCUGUUAAAUGCAAAGAAAAAUAAAAAGAUAAUUGAAAUGAUAUAAUCCUAAUAUGAUCUUUCAGUUUACUAAUUCAUCUCUGACAAGGAAAAUAAUGCUUAUACUUAUGACUUUAAAGAUGUUUUUGAAAUUGCAGAGGGUAAUGAUCUGGAGUUGCAAAUUUAUUAUAAUCUUUAAGACUAAGAAGAUGUUAAAUAUGAAUAAAUAGAUCUAGAUUAUGACUAUUCUGUGGCAAAAAACUAGCUAUUAUUAAGAUAAGAUAAAAAUAAGACUGAGAAGGCAUUUGGUUUAAUUUAUAUUGAUUUAAGGGGACAUCAGAAUGAUAAAUUUUUACUUGCAAUCAAACAAAGCCCAGCACCCUCUGAAUAGUUGUAAAACAAUGUUGAAGUUGAGGUGAAGAUUUAUUUUUAACAAGAAUAUCCUUUCAUAAUAGAACUCAAUGAGAUUAGGAAUGAUUCUAAAGUUAAAUCUAAGAUAAUCAAAAACACUCUCUCUUAAGAGAUUAAAGUUGAUUCACCAUCUAGAUAAAAAUCUUCUGUCUCCGAUGAGUAGUAAGAUCCAUUUGAGGAAUUUAAAGUGGCUGGUACGGAAGCUAUUCGAGGGGAGGAAAUUAAGACAUAAGAAGAAGAAUAUGAAUAUUAUGGAGAAGAAGAUGAGGUAGAAAACGUUUAAAAUAAGCAUGAUGAGAGCAAGUUUAUAAAAAACGUAGCUAAAUUACAGGUGCAGUAAACCCAGCAAUAAUCUGCAGGAAAAUAAGACUUAAUAUAAGUUCAAGAUGCAAAGGUUAAGAAAAAUUAGAGUUAAAGAAUUUUAGAUGACAUUAUCUAGCCAGAUGUUUAAGUUGAAGAAAUUAAGUAGUCCUAAUCAAUUCUCGGAGGUAGUCAAAAAGAACUGAGACCAGAGAGUGGAAGUCAAGUGAGUUAGCAUUCUAGUCGCACCAGUAGAAUAAGUCAAAGAUCUCUGUUUUAAAAUUCUAUUAAAGAAGAAGUAGAAGAAGAAGACUAUGAAGAUGAGCAAAUUGAUAGGCAUUAGAGAAGAAAGAAAAAAGAAAUUUAAUUUGAGGAAAAGACUAUUCCUUAAAGUGAAGAGAAAAACAUUAAGAAUUCGAGUGUUAUUCAAAAUCAGAACUCUUUAUCUGAGCAAAAUUUGGAUAAGACUAUUGACAUUAUUUAGGAAAAGGGAGGCAUAUCCGAGAUCAAGAAUAACAUUACUUUAAAAGCUGAGAAAGUAGAUUAGAAAUCUAAAAUAAUUCCUUAAUUCAAUAAUAAUGAAGACAAACCAGAAGAGAUCAUUGAAGAGGAAGUUAUAGAUGAGUGA